AGACUAAUGUUAGGGUUAGGGAUUAACAAAGACAAUUGUAUUAUUAACGUCCUGUUCACUUUGGAAUGGGUUUACGAAGCAAAAACAACAUCUUAUUAUUUCUUGUUUGUUCGUCUAUUUUCCAACUAACUAAAACAAGAGGAGAGCCUUAAAUUCAUUUUAAUUCCAUUUCAACGCUUCACUUUAAAAUGACUGGUAUUUUGUAAAAUUUGCGCACUUUUAAUCGCCGGUCUUUUACGCAUAGCUAACAGCUGUCUUCAGUGAUCAGCGAUAAAAACUGCACCCCUGUGUGAAAGAGAGGGAGAAAAAAAAGCUCAAAGUCAGAGUCUAACAGGAGUGGGAGGAGGAGGAGGAUUUCAGGAAGGUCGCUGAGCCGCACUUUAACUCACACCGUUCAGCCUCGGGGCGGACUCGAACCUCCACCGCUGUGAGCUGCAGGAAACAGGAACAUAAAGUCAACCGUAGGAUGAGCAACAUCACCGACUCCACGGACAACAGAAUGUGUGACCUGACUGAAGGAGCUUACAAUAGUAUGAAGUUUUCGAACGAAGCGAAGAACCUCACUACCAUGCUGUCGUCCGUGCGUAAUUUUGGAAACUCGGGCACAAUGAUCCAAAGUCUGUCUUCGAGCGGCGAAGGAGCCGUUUUCAAAGACUACACUGUUCUUGACGGAUCACUGGCCACGAAACACUACUACGACCGCAGCAGUGAGCUGCUGAAGUGUGACCCCUCUGUGUUUUGGGAAGACUUUGUCAAAGUCCAGAGGACGGAUGUGGCUCAACCAGAGGCUGGCCCUGCUCCAGGGAGCCUGACUUCCACAAUCGGAGCUUGCAAGUUCAUCAAAGACGAGAAGGAGCCUACUGUCAUCAUGGACGCCCCGUGUCCAAACUUUGACCAAUCCCCGGAGAUGUCCACUAUGGACAACUGCUGUGACACCUACAGGAGGCAGCAGCAGCAGCCGCAGGAACCACCGGGGCACGGUGAAGGUGCGCUGACGAGUUUCAGACCGGUCACCGCGGCUGCUCGGUCCGCGAUGGAGGGAUCUCCGAACUUUUUGUUGGACCUGAACCAGAGCGAGCAGCUGCCGGUGCUCAGCCAGGCAAGGAGCGACUCCAGGUGCGGCUCUACUGGGACCAUGUACAGGAACGAGGUAACCCCUCGGUGGCAGGCAUCUCUACCUGAACCCAACUACUGGGGCCAGUCCACCGGGUUGACUGAGGACACAUUCUUACAAAGCAGCUACGAUGCCAUCCAGAGCCAGGCCCUAGUUCCCAGGAAACCAUCCUCACCCUUCCCAUCAUUCCCCGGUAUGACACCACAGAGACAAUGUGUCAUCUGUGGGGACGAGGCUUCCGGCUGCCACUACGGAGUCCUGACCUGUGGAAGCUGUAAGGUGUUUUUCAAACGAGCAGUUGAAGGUCAUCACAGCUAUCUCUGCGCUGGGAGGAACGACUGCAUUGUGGACAAAAUCAGGAGGAAAAAUUGCCCUGCAUGUCGCCUUCGGAAGUGCUAUGAAGCUGGGAUGAUGCUAGGAGGCCGGAAACUGAAACGUUUUGGAGCCUUAAAAGCCUUCGGUUUGCCCUCGUCCCUGAUGUUCCAGUCUCACAUGGCAAUGUCUGGUGACAGCCAGGCCCUGACCACCAUGGCUUGCAUACCAGGCAUCCAAGAUGUGCACUUUAACCCACAGAUCCUUAGCAUCCUUGAAAACAUUGAACCAGACGUCACAUGCUCCGGUCAUGACAACCUACAGCCUGAAGUUUCCAACGUUCUGCUAACAAGUCUUAAUCGGUUGUGUGAGAAGCAACUGCUGCGGAUCGUCAGGUGGUCCAAGUCUUUGCCAGGGUUCCGUAAUCUUCACAUCAAUGACCAGAUGACCCUCAUCCAGUACUCAUGGAUGAACCUCAUGGUAUUUUCUCUUGGCUGGCGCUCCUUUCAAAAUGUCACCAGUGAAUAUUUGUACUUCGCUCCUGAUCUAAUCCUCAGCCAGGAUCAAAUGAGGAGGACACCAAUUUAUGACCUGUGUCUGGCCAUGCAGGUCAUUCCCCAGGAGUUCACAAAUCUCCAGGUGACGCGUGAGGAGUUUCUCUGCAUGAAAGCCAUUAUUCUUCUCAAUACAGUGCCUCUCGAGGGACUCAAGAGUCAGGCUGCUUUUGAGGAUAUGAGACAAAGCUACAUUCGGGAGCUGACGAGGGCUAUUCACAUAAAGGAGAAAGGAAUGGUGGCCAGCUCACAGAGAUUCUACCGCCUCACCAAACUAAUGGACCUCAUGCAUGAUAUCGUGAAGAAGGUCAACCUCUUUUGUCUGAGCACCUUCAUCCAAGCAGACGCCCUGAAGGUGGAGUUCCCCGAGAUGAUGACAGAAGUAAUUUCUUCCCAGCUACCCAAGGUCCUGGCGGGCAUGGUGAGGCCGCUCUUAUUCCACACCAAGUGAUGACAUCCGUCACACACAACCCCAACUCUGUAGACACCGUGCAACUGGAUAAUUCACAGCAUCUGUCUCAUUUCUAUUCAGUCGUCUGUGUAAUAAAUCAAACCGUUUUAGAACAUCUAAAGGGGAGGGACUAUGACAAACUAUAUCCUGCAACACUUUGAUGUUUUACAAAAAAAUGAAUAUUAUAUUAUAAACACCAAUCAAUAAUGCUCACCAUUUCUGCUGCACAGAUCACACUCAUUUGUUCAUACGCAGUGUAUUUUAAGAAUCUGUAGAAAUCGUUACGUGCUUUAUAUCAGCAUAAAUAUUUAGUGUUAAAUUAUAUUCCCACAGGUGAUACCUGUCAUUUCAAAAUAUGAUUAAUAGGAACAACAGUAUCAUGACUCAGGAGAAGAAACAAAGACAACUAUUUUCAGAGAUUAAAAAAAUUAGAAGUAAUUUAGAACUUUAUUUAGUAGUUAACAUUUGCAACACAACAACAGAAAAGCUGAAUUUUACCACUGGUUAACUCCAGCUUUAUUCUGUAGCAUGUCCUUUAAUCAUUUAAAAAGUAAAAUGAUAAAUAUUUCUGUUUCAUACUGUAAAAAAGCCUUGAACUUCUCAAUAGUCCACAGUCACCAAUGUCUUCAAAUGUUUUCCUCUUUGAGAAGCACUUGAUGAUUUACUGUGGUCAAGAGACAGAUCUGGACUGCAGGCAGGUCAAUCAAGCAUGUCUCUCUAUGUAAUGAUAGAGGACAUUGUCUCGACAGGAGCAUUUUUCUUUUCUAAAUUCCAACAAAUUAUUUACCUCUGUAUCAGUAAUACAUUCACACAUGUGUUGAUCCUCUCUGCUAUAGCUACUGAUCUCCUCUAUGCUAUCACAGAUGCUAACCCUUGCACGUACUGUUGAACAGUUUGGAUGGCAUCUGUAAUUAGUUCACGUCUAAACAUAUUUUUAGUCACAUGACAUAUGUAGCGCAUCUUAAGGUUGCAUGAAGGUAUUGGGUCCAAAAAAGUAUUUUUUAAACAAUGUAUACAUUUUUAUCAGUCUAAUAAUGUCACUCAUGUCGAAGAAUUGAGCCAUAAACGCAACAAUGUUUAUAAAAGAGCAUUGUUUUACCUGUUACCGUGCCAACUCUGAUAUAAGAUUCUUCAAAGAGUCAAACUUUUAUCAGAUUAUGUUUUUCAACUACUUAUUCUCAGCUCUCAGCUAAGAAUCCAAUACAUGUGGUUGGGGCAAGAUUUUUUUUUUUUUUAGUGGGCACACUAAAAUGCCAAUCACCUGCUCUAACCAACCAUUAUAUGAGGAAGGAGGGGGCACAGACCCUCAGAAAGAAGCGACGGGGCGUUGCAUUAAAGGCUGGGAACACACAGGAAGACGGGGGCCAGAUUUAAAAAGUAAAAAGCGAAGAAAUUAGAAAAAAAACAGAAGAGAAGCAUCUUCUUGCUGCAUUUCAAUAAUAUUGCACUAAAGACUUUUAUUGGAUGUAUUAAAAUGUUGAGACUUUUAUUUAUUUGUGUGAUGUGGUUCUGUGUCCAAUUGUUGAUUAAAAUGAUAAUUCCAAUGUUAAAAUGUAGUAACUGUGUAUUUUUCAUAACAAAAAAGAAAAAAAAAGACCUUUAAGAACAGACACAAUUAAAAAACAAAUUGAUAUAUUUUUGCUAUAAAUUGAUAUACAGUAGCCUAGCAGAGCAAAGCAGCGACACGGCGGCCGCAGAAAACAAAAUAAGUA